AGCGGAAGCAUCUUGCCUCCACAGCGGAGGUAACUUGUUUUAAGUUUGCUAAAGACAGAGAGGAGAUUGCAGCAGCUGAGGGAAAGACUUCUUUUUAAAGGAUCAACUAAGUAUAUCUAAAAUGAUGAUAACAAGCCAAUACUUAGGGAGUUAGAGAGUGAGAAAUUGAGUAAUACUUAAACUGUUUGGUGUCUUUUCCAGGGGCUCCAAACAGCUCGUAACCAUAGUCCUUUAUGUCUCGGCACAGAAAGAAUUCAGCCAGAGGCAAACUGAUACACAAGAAGUGAUUUAUUAGAAUAGAAUGCUUGUGAGGCUUACAAGCAGGAGGGCAAGGUAGUGCUGUGUCCAGGCUACAGUUUUAUAAACAAAGGAAAAGUAGGGAAGGGGAGAAGACCUUCUUUGUCUUUCUUCAGUAGACAUCAUGCUUCUACCAUCAGUUCCUACUCCAGGGUGGGCAGGUGGCCUAGGCUGGUCCACGCUGGGGCUCGGGAGUGAGAUCCGGAGGGGAGCUCCCAAGGACGCCACAGUGCACUGCCAUGGCAACAGAAACUCCAGGUGAGGCCCAGGCUCGAUUAGAACCCCGGAACAGCGCGUGCUUGCUAAGUCGCUUCAGUAGCCGGGGCUCCUCUGCCUAUGGGAUUCUACAGGAAAGAAUACUGGAGUGGGUUGCCAUGCCCUCUUCCAGGGGAAUCUUCCCGACUCAGAGAUGGAAUCCGCGUCUCCAUGUCUCCUUCACUGGCCAGUUGGGUUCUUUACCACUAGCGCCACCUUGGAAGCACAACCCCACAGAUCUUCAGCUUAUUACCACACCAUUUGGAAAGCCAGCGGGGAAGAGCCAACUCGAGGUGACCAAAAGGAAACCACAAAUCCCGCGAUAUCAUGGGCCGUACCCCGUGAGACUGCUCGCGAAGCUACCGCCACGCAACGCGACAGCUAGUAUUAAACGUCACUGUCCUGCGACGCUGUCUCUGUAAUAGGACGCCCUCCCGGAAGUGGGCUCUAGAUCGGGCAGUGAAAGUGGUAGCCGGUUGCCCCCGGGACCAGAUCUCGGGAGGUCGUUGUUGAACUAUUUCUCCAAGUUUCUGUCCUAUCCUGCCUGCGUCUUCUGGCUCCGCGGAGUGAGGCAACGUCUCCACCAUUAUGGGAGGCGGAGACCUGAAUCUGAAGAAGAGCUGGCACCCGCAGACCCUCCGCAAUGUGGAGAAAGUGUGGAAGGCUGAGCAGAAGCAUGAAGCCGAGCGGAAGAAGAUUGAGGAGCUUCAGCGUGAGCUGCGGGAGGAGAGGGCCCGGGAGGAGAUGCAGCGCUACGCGGAGGAUGUCGGGGCUGUCAAGAAAAAGGAGGAAAAAUUGGACUGGAUGUACCAGGGUCCUGGUGGGAUGGUGAACCGUGAUGAGUACUUGCUGGGGCGUCCUAUUGACAAAUACGUUUUUGAAAAGAUGGAGGAGAAGGAGGCAGGCUGUUCUUCGGAGACAGGACUCCUCCCAGGCUCUAUCUUUGCCCCAUCAGGUGCCAAUUCCCUUCUGGACAUGGCCAGCAAAAUCCGAGAGGACCCGCUUUUCAUCAUCAGGAAGAAAGAGGAGGAGAAAAAAAGAGAAGUAUUGAAUAAUCCUGUGAAAAUGAAGAAAAUCAAAGAAUUGUUGCAAAUGAGUCUGGAAAAAAAGGAGAAGAAGAAAAAGAAGGAGAAGAAAAAGAAGCACAAGAAACAUAAGCACAGAAGCUCAGGCAGCGAUCGUUGCAGCAGCGAGGAUGAGCGCAGCAGGGGGAGAUCUCAAAAGAAGAUGGCAAAUUCUCCCCCUGUUUUGUCCAAAGUCCCUGGAUAUGGCUUACAGGUCAGGAACUCCGACCACAGCCAGGGCAUGCAGGGUUCUCUGAUGGCUGAACGAAAGGGAGCGCAUGGGUUGAAAAAUUAUUCCAGGUCCAGGAGCUCCUCUUCCUCACCUCCCAGACAUGCCAGCAAGAAGAGCACCAGGGAAGCAGGGUCCCGGGAUAGGAGGUCCCGAUCCCCUGGCAGAAGGUCUCGGUCCCCAAGGCCAAGCAAACCGCACAACUCUAAGGGAAAUAGGAAAGACAGAGGCCGAAGUAAGAGCCCGUCUCCUAAAAAGGAGGUUUACCAAAGGCGGCAUGCUCCUGGGUACACCAGAAAGCUCUCAUCAGAGGAGCUAGAGCGAAAAAGGCAAGAGAUGAUGGAAAACGCCAAGUGGCGGGAGGAAGAGAGGCUGAACAUCCUCAAGAGGCAUGCCAAGGAUGACGAGCGGGAGCAGAGGCUGGAGAAGCUAGACUCCCGGGAUGGGAAGUUUAUCCACCGCAUGAAGCUAGAGAGCGCAUCUACCUCCUCUCUGGAAGAUCGGGUGAAGCGGAAUAUUUACUCUCUCCAGAGAACCUCAGUAGCUCUGGAGAAGAACUUUAUGAAAAGAUGAAAGCCAUCCCCUCUCUUGCUGGUUUUCCUGAAAUUUCCAGGGAGGCUGCUGAUCCCUUAAAAAUUCUCUUUAUAAGAGUUCAAAUGGCUUCUUUCACAGAUGUCAAACCACCACUGUUCAAAGUGACUUUCCUUCAUGGAUUCCAGAAACAGCUCAGUUCUUUUGAGAACCAGUGUGACUUGCUCUAUGGGACCCUCGGUAACUUUUGCUGGGUGCAGAGUAGUUUUUCAGUGGGUAGGCACUGGAACAUCUAGGUGUGAGCACUCAUCUUGCUCUGGAGGGAGCCUCCCUAUGCCUCUUCCCUCCACCUGUGUGAACAGACUUACUCUACCACCUCAGAAUAGACUGGACCUUUCAGAAACCUCUCCCCUCUGAAUCACCCAGAAAAAUUGUUCUUACCAAGGUAAAUGAAUACUUAACUUGAUUUAGUAGAUGAUGUGACAGAAUGAUGUCAGAUUAGGACAGAGCCAAGGCAGUGACAGAGAAUCUGGAAGGGAAAACAAUGCAAAAAAAAAAAACAAAAAACAACCCUAAAUGAACUGUUUAACUAUUUGAACUAUCAAACUGUAAAAUAUAGUGUGUGUAUAAAUUAUAAUUUUUACAUGCUUUUGGAAAAAAAGAAGUUAGCUUUGUGAGAAUAUCUUGUUUGAUAAGUGACUUUACUAUGUAAUAGAACCUCAUUGAAUCUUGUUAUCCAGUAACACAGUAAGGCAGAUUAGCUUUUCUUUCCUCUGCAAAUCUGGCAGAUUUUGGAGGGGCCCAGGGUUUAUUGAUAGGAUCUAGGGUAUCUGUCCUUUUUACACUGUUUAUAGUCUCUGAUGUGUGGGCAGUGCAGAAAUGAAGUCAAAUCAUUUUAGGAGUCAGGACCAAACUAUCAGUAUGCACCCUGGCUCUUAAAAGAAAGUAUAGUGGAAGCUGUUUAUUUCAUGCCUUCCCUUUUAUCAUGUAGUAAUCUUAUUACAAGUCUAGGUUUUCAGGAGUUGUUUGGUAUUAUUUUUUAGUCAGGUAUUAAAAAACAAAAACAAAAAAAUCCAAACUCAUAGGAUCAAUCUCCUGUCUUCAUCCCUUUCCUGUCUCCUACCAGAAGUUCUCAUUUGACUCAGGAGUCCUAGGCACUCUUGAUCCACACAUUAGCUGGGCUAGUUCCUUGUUCUGCUAAUUCCUAAUUCUUAAACGAAUUUGGAUUUAUAUUUUUUUAGCACUUAUGCUGCCAGACACUGUUAUGCUUAAAACCCAGUCUUUCCCCAGAGAGAAAGUAACAUACACUUGUUAUUCAAUUUAACACCUUAUCCUGCUUCCCUGUACUAAGGUUAAUUAUGUCUUUUAUUUUAUUACUUGGUAAUAAAAACUACAUUUAUUUUUGUAA